AUGGACCGUCUUGAUAUAAGUGCCCUUUUAUCAGGCAUUUUAGCGCUUAUCAUUUGUUCAAGUGCUGUGAUUUUGGCAGUACAACGUUCACAUUUACAUAGAUCGCAAUCAACAGAUUCAGCACCUCUCCGGUUCGAUCACAAACGAGAUCUAUCAGCUCCUCACAAUGACGAUACCCAUCGCUUGACGCGAAUUACUUUUGGCACCAUAAUACUCUCCGCUUUAGCCGCUCUAACGUUUUAUAAAGUUGUUAACAGUCAAGAACCGAGCAAUUGGACUGUUAUUGCUGUUGCUUGUACUCAAUUUAUCGCUUGGUUGUAUACAACUGUUUUAGUCCUAGUGUCACGGCGCUAUUGUCUCCCGAAUGACUGGGGUUGGACUUUAAAUGUUCAUCUGUUUAUAAUCUAUAUUGUCUUCUGGUCUAUUGCGGCGCAAGACUUAUACGAAGCUUAUGUCAAUAGUCCGUCAGAAUCAUGGAUCCAUAUGCUUCCAAAUAUUUUGUCCGUUUUGAUUGGAACUGAUCUCGUUUAUACAACCGCUACAACAGAACGUGGUCCACCUUUCGUCGAUGACGCGGGGAAGCAAGUGGCUGGUAUUAAUGUUGCAUCUAUUUUUUCGUAUUUUUAUUAUCAAUGGGUCACACCUUUGAUCGACUUAGCCUAUAAGAAAAAAUCGUUAAAUGACGAUGAUUUGCCUACGCUUCCUCCAGAGUUCCGUGGUCAUAACUUGUAUUAUAUCUUCGGCGCAACAAGAGGCAAAAGUCUGAUGAAACGCAUUAUAUUAGUCAAGAAAAAUGCUUUUAUCAUUCAGUUCAUUUUGGCUAUUUUUACUUCAUUGGCAUAUUAUGCUCCUGCAUUUUUCGUCAAUCAAUUAUUACAAUUGAUUGAGAAAAUGAACGGCGUGAAAGACAGCGAAUCUCUUAGGAAAGGCUUUGUCAUUGUAGCUUUCUUAGGAAUUACUAUCUUUACUUUGGGUUUAAUGGUUGGACAACUGUGGUACUAUGCCUCUUCAUGUGUAGAGGUGCCUAUUAGGGCUAUGUUGAACAUCGAAAUUUAUCGUAAAACAUUACGCCGCAGAGAUCUGGCCGUAGAAUCGCCCAAGGUAGAAGAGGAUGGGAAAGAUGACAAGAAAAAUGAAAACAAAGAAGAGCAGUCUGUUCAGAAUAAAGACGAUGUCAGCUCAACAACGGGUACUAUCGUAAACUUGAUGAGUACAGAUUCGAAACGUGUGUCAGAAUUCAGUGUUUGGUGGUUUUCUCUAAUAGCUGCUCCCACCGAAUUGACGGUUGGUAUCUACUAUUUGUACAAAUUACUUGGUAAAUCCUGCUUUUUGGGUUUAUUGGUGAUGAUUAUUGUUUUGCCCUUAAAUCAUUACAAUGCAAAGAUGUUUGCACGAACUCAAGACAAAUUAAUGGAAGCUCGCGAUAAACGUAUUGCGCUGAUGAAUGAAGUUUUGCAAGGCAUCCGCCAAAUUAAGUUUUUUGCUUGGGAGAACAAUUGGGAGAAACGGAUCAUGGAAGCUAGAAAACUCGAAUUACAUCAUAUUGGCAUUACUUAUCUCUCAGAAGUUUUGUUUACUUUCUUGUGGCAAGGCUCACCUAUUCUCGUCACUCUGAUUUCCUUCUGGUCGUUCACCAAGAUUGAAGGACGUGAUUUGACCGCACCCAUCGCCUUCACAGCCAUUACUGUUUUCAAUGAAUUAAGAUUCGCAUUGAAUGUAUUGCCUGAAUGCAUGAUCUGGGGUUAUCAAGCAUUGAUUAGUGUUAGACGUAUUGAAACUUACCUUACUGAGGUCGAAAUUGAUCCUCCUAAUCCUGAAGAUAAUAUGCUCCGACAGAGCAACAGCAGUGAUUCAAUCACCAUCGCUUUCGAAAACGCUACAGUAGGCUGGAGUAAAGAAAGCUAUUCUGAUGACCCAACAGUUAACAAUGCCACCAUGUCCAGUAGUUUCGUUUUGAAAGAUUUGAAUAUUGAAUUCCCCAAUGGACAGCUCAGUUUGAUCAGUGGAUCAACUGGUUCGGGGAAGACAUUGCUGAUGCUAAGUUUGUUGGGUGAAGCUAUCAUUAUUGAAGGAAAAGUUCGCUGUCCUCGUCAACCUAUCACAGAUACAGUUUAUGAAGAUUUUGAUACGCUAAAAGAUGUGGACUCUAAAAAUUGGCUACUGCCGUAUGCUGUUGCGUAUGUGUCACAAGUUGCUUGGCUACAAAAUGCGUCCAUUCGCGACAAUAUCCUGUUUGGACUGCCUUACAUCGAAUCUCGUUACAAACAAACAAUCUACGCUUGUGCGUUGAAUAAGGAUCUAUCAAUUUUAGAAGAUGGGGAUUUAACGGAAAUUGGCGAAAAAGGUAUCACAUUAUCUGGUGGUCAAAAAGCUCGUGUGUCAUUAGCCCGUGCGGUCUACUCUCGGGCCCAGAACGUGCUUAUGGAUGAUGUUUUGAGUGCGGUUGAUGCGCAUACUGCCAAACAUUUGUAUGAGAAAUGCUUGCUGGGUCCCUUAAUGAAAGACCGUACGCGUAUCUUGAUCACUCACCAUGUGAGUCUUUGCUUGAAGGGUUGCAGUUAUAUUGUUCAUAUUGAUAAUGGACGUGCCAGUUUCGUUGGAGCCCCUAAUGUCUUACAACGCUCUGAAGGCUUUGCCUCUAUUGUUGAUGAAAAUGAAGAAGAUACUAUAGAAGAAGAGGAAUCUGCAGCAGAAGAACAGAGUGUGGAAGGAACAUUAGCCUUAGAUUCCAACGAAGCAAAUCUAAGUGAUAACGCAACUAAAAAGCCACGUGCGUUGAUUGAAGAUGAGACAAAAGCUACUGGUAUGGUCAAAUUGCGUCUUUAUAGUAUGUACAUACGUAUGGUGGGUAGCCCAAUCUUCUGGUUUAUUAUGGCAGCAUUAGUGUUGGGUUCUCGUGGCUUAGACAUUACUGAAAGCUGGUGGAUCAAAAAGUGGUCCAACUCUUACACAAGUCAAGUAGCCGAUAAUGAUCUGGCUAGCUUCCAACAGCAUCAAACGAUCGUUCCCUCCACCAAACCCAUGUAUGCCUUUCCGAUGAUAAUAUCUUCCACUUCUGACACGCUCAACAACAGUGAUAUUGUCACUGAAUCGACGUCCGUUGAUUUGAACUAUUAUCUCAGUAUUUAUUGUUUGAUUACUCUCAGCAAUAUCAUCGUUGGUAGUGCUCGUUUUGCAGUGCUCUUUUGGGGUGUUCUGGCCGCGAAUAGAUCACUUUAUGCAGAGCUUUUGCACCGCGUGUUUCGUGCACCCCUCAGGUUUUUUGAUACCACACCUGUUGGCCGUAUCCUUAACCGUUUCUCCAAGGACUUCGAAACCAUCGACUCAAGUAUACCCAAUGAUCUCAUGAAUUUUGUCAUUCAAUGGGUUAUUAUCAUUUCCAGUAUGUUUACUGUCGGCUCCGUCUUACCCAUUUUCCUACUUCCUAUGGUGGUUGUAGCUGCUGUCAAUAUUUGGUUGGGUGUUAAGUUUGUAUCAGCAUCCCGUGAACUCAAACGUAUGGAUUCAGUUACUCGUUCACCCCUAUUCAGCAAUUUCACCGAAACAAUCAUUGGUAUUUCUACAAUUCGCGCCUACGGUGCAACACGUAGAUUUUUACGUGAAAUGUUGGGUUACAUUGAUAUCAAUGCCCGGCCUUAUUAUUACGCAUGGAUUGUAAAUCGUUGGAUCAGUAUUCGAUAUGCAUUUACUGGUGCUGUGAUAAACUGCUUUACAUGUACUAUCAUCCUAUUGAGUGUCAGUGAAACGAUGAAUGCUUCCCUUGCUGGAUUCUGUCUUAGCUUUGUAUUACUUUUUACAGAUCAGAUGUUCUGGGGUAUCCGUCGUUAUACUAGUCUUGAGAUGAGUUUCAACGCAGUUGAACGAGUCGUCGAGUUCAUGGAGAUGGAUCAAGAAGCACCGUCUAUUACUGAAUUAAGACCACCCGCCGAAUGGCCGAGUAAAGGUGCAGUCGAAGUAAAGGAUUUAGAGGUCAGAUAUGCUGCUGAUCUGGAGCCAGUUUUGAGAGGCAUUUCAUUCAAUAUCAAACCGCAAGAAAAAGUUGGUGUUGUUGGUAGAACCGGCAGCGGUAAAUCAACUCUUGCUUUGUCCUUCUUCAGGUUUGUAGAAGCUUCACGAGGAUCAAUAACUAUUGACGGUAUCAAUAUCAAAGAUCUUGGAACAGAAGAUCUACGAUCCAAUUUGACUAUUAUCCCUCAGGAUCCAACCUUAUUCUCGGGUUCACUACGUUCCAAUUUGGAUCCAUUUGAUCAAUUUUCAGAUGAAGAAAUUUUCGUAGCGCUACGACGUGUACAUUUAUUACCUACCAAAAUGGCUACUGUUGCCUCUGAAACAGCAGACGCAUCAGAACCUUCAGUCGAUACCCUUGUUUCUGAUUCAACCUUGGAUGAAGUUAAUGUUAAUGUCUUCCAGGAUUUAAGUACAGCUGUAACAGAAGGUGGUAAGAACUUCUCCCAAGGUCAAAGGCAAUUGCUUUGUUUAGCUCGUGCUAUUUUGAAACGUAGCCGUAUUGUUAUUAUGGAUGAAGCCACAGCCAGCGUAGAUUUUGAUACGGAUAAAGCGAUUCAGAAAACCAUAUCUACAGAGUUUGCGUCUGCUACCAUUUUGUGUAUUGCUCAUCGUCUACAUACUGUAAUUGAAUACGACCGUAUAUUAGUGCUGGACAAAGGAGAGAUCGUCGAAUUCGACAACCCGUUGACCUUGUUAGAAAACUCAGAAUCUGCAUUCUAUAAGAUGUGCCGUAACUCUGGAGAAUUUGAAAGUUUACUCGCCUUGUGUAAAGUCAAACAUGAAUUAGUCGAUGUAUCUAGCUCUUAA